AUUAAUGAAAUCUUCUUUAUUAGUGUUGAGUGGACGUUCAUUUCUUUCCAUUUAUGAAACAUUAUAAUAAAAAUGGAAAGGAAUAGAGAAAAAUUAAGAAAUGCAAUUCUGAGUAACAAUGAUAGAGAAGUCUUUGACCUUUUACGUAAUAAUUUAGAUCCUAAUUUUGAAGGUGGAUGGCCCAUUCGAUUAGCUGCUCGGCUUGGAUUUUAUUCUUUAGUUAAAUCAUUUGUAAGAUAUGGCGCCAAUCCACAUCUACUUAGUGAAUCUGGUGCCUCAACUUUACAACUUGCGGUAUAUUCUGCUAAGCAUUGGGAUAUGGAUAAAUGGAACUUUUUAUUAUCAUGUUGCGACUCAUCCCAGUUAGCUGAUGGAGCCGCAGUUGCGAUUAUUUUUGGUAAUAUCGAAGCUUUAAGAAAGAUAAUUGGAACAGGUCGAUGCAAUACAAACAUACCAACAACUUUAACAGGAAAAACACUGGAAGAUCUAGGAAAAGGUUACAAAUUACAGUAUUUACUCGAUACAACAACAAGGCAUCACACACUGCAAGUACCAGCGACACCAUCUCCAAGAAUGUCUAGACAACACAGAUCGGAUCUGCGACGAACGCCCGUGACGCAUCACCGGAAUUUAUCGCCGUCUGUUGCAAGUUUUUUUAACCUUGCAGCAGCGCAAACUUCUCUAACACCUCCGCGUUCCCCCCUGGGACCUAUGUUCUCACCAACGGCACAAUAGUUAUUGUGGACAUUUAUUCACUUACACAUUUUAAGAGUUCCUGAAUUAUUAAAAUAUAGUUAUAAAAUUUGACGACUUCAAUGAAAGAUUAAUUUAAUUUAAAGUUUAUUUUGUCAAUCGAUUAAAUAAUUGUUAUUUUAUUAGGUUUGUAAAUAUUAUGGACAUUAUUUUAAUUUUUAACAUUGGAAAGUGUAUCAGUAAUGAAUACUAUAGAUAGGGAGGCGAAGAGGGGAAUUUUCUGUAAUACUCGA